AUGUGGAAUCGUGCUCCUCCGGGUAGCCAGACCCCCUCCUCUCUUCCCGCUCGACCUCCUCCAUCCGCCAAUACCGCAAAGCCCGGAGGCAAUGACCGUCCAAUGGCCUUCACGGCCUUCGCGCCGCGUUCCGUAGCCUCCAGCAAGGCACACCGCACCAGCACUCCGGUUGUCUCGGCGCCGCCAGUUCCCGCCGCCGGGUAUGCCACGCCUGCACCUACCUACGGAGCCCACUACCAGCAGCCCGCUCAACUUUCUUAUCAGAGUGCACCUUACUAUGCUGCCGGGUACAAUGAACAGCCUUACGGCGCGUCCGCGAACACCUAUGGACCUGCCCCCAAUUACUCUUACGGUCCCCAGCGUGGCCCUGGUGGGGUGGAUGCCGAGACCGAGGCUCAAAUCGCCCAGUGGCAGAGCGCAUACUCGAACCCAGGUGACGAAACAACCGCCGGCAAGCGUACUGGGAGCGAGACCAACACAGCAGCCGGGACGCCUACCACUGCAACCGGAACUCCUCUCCCAAAGCCCGAGUCCAAGCUGACAGUGGUUCGCUCGGGCGGCGGUCAAACCUGGACCGAUUCUACUCUCUUGGAGUGGGACCCUGCCCAUUUCCGACUCUUCGUGGGUAACCUUGCAGGUGAAGUGACUGACGACUCACUCCUCAAGGCAUUUGGCCGCUACACGUCCGUUCAGAAGGCGCGCGUGGUCCGGGAGACUCGCACCCAAAAGAGCAAGGGAUACGGAUUUGUUAGUUUCAGCGAUGGCGAUGACUACUUCAAGGCGGGACGCGAGAUGCAAGGCAAGUACAUUGGCUCUCACCCGGUUCUAAUCCGACGGGCUACAACCGAGGUGAAGCCGGUCUCGAACAAGCAGAACCAGAGGAAUCAGAAGAACCAGAAGAAAUCCGGCGGAGAAAAGCAGCCCGGCAGCGGAAAAGUCAAGCAGGACGGAGUGAAGAAGCCCAGCAAGACCAAGGGUGGCAUGAAAAUUCUAGGUAAGGAUCGACUUUGA